CGAUGGCCGACGCCGCGUUUGUUCGGGCGCUAAACACGUCCAAGUGCUACGACUUCGUGCUCGCCACGGGCUACUAUCCCCUCAUGUCGUCCGUCCUCGCGCCAGACGGCGCCGACAUCCCCGAAGCGGUUCUCGAAGGCGCACUCGGGCUGGUCCACCCAGUCCUUCGCCAGCCCAAUUCUCGAAAGCACGCGGUGCUUGCGUUCUGGCCCAAGUCGCACCGGCUGCGGCUCAUCGGCAUCCAGUCGGCGGUCGCCGCCGUCGAAGCCGUCCUGCGCGACGAGGCCGGAACGUCGCAGCACGACGAGGCCGGAACGUCGCAGCACGACGAGGCCGACACAUGGUUCCUUGGGUAUCCCACCAAGGAAGUGCUUGUCUGGGCGCUCGUCACCAUGGUCGGGUCGCAUACGGACGUCGGAUCCAAGUACCAUUGGGACGGCGUCGGGCUGUCGUCGUCGCGUGACAAUCCGAUGCUGAGCUCGACUUGGUACGACAACAAUGCCGACAAUGCCCCUAUGACCGCGCGCCUUCUUGCCAUCGUGCUUGCCGUCUUCAUUGGCUGCAUGAUGGAGAGCGAAGUCUAA